AUGACUGUAAGCUGGAAAAAAGAUGAACAACUUUGGAGAGUUUUGAAAUUUAAUGAGAAACACAAUCAUCCUCUUACCAGUCCGAGCAAGGUGCACGCUUUAAGAGUUCAUAGGGAUGUCUCACCUGCAAUAAGGUCCCUUGCUGUCAAGUUUAGAAAUGCCAAUUUGAGAACAUCUGAUCUUCGGAGGGUACUACAAAGUGAUGCUGGGGUGUUCCCAUUUAGUGGAUCGGAGUUGAAGGAUAAAACUUAUCGGGUGACACAAAAUGUUUCCACGAACUUUCUUUCAUGUAGUUGCCAGAAAUUUAAUGAUAUGGGGAUUCCAGGUAUGCACAUGCUAUAUAUGAUGCAGGUUAUGCAAAUCAAGUUGUUGCCAGAAGAAUAUAUCUUGUCUCGUUGGACACAAGAGGUAGGAUCACCAAUUUCAUUUCAAACAGUCGCUUCUCCUAUCAUCCAAGCACGAGGAUAUAUAGAGCGUAGCCGAGGGUUAUCUGAGAAGUGGAAAUGGUUGAUCCAAAAGGCUGCUUUGACCGAAAAAUCUACUAUAAUGUUACACAAAAUGUUUGAAGAAGCAGAAUAAAAAAUACAAGAGAAUGAAGUUGUGACCCCCAAUGAUACACAAGAGUCAUGCUCGGGAAAAGAGCACAAAGGUGAGGGUUUUGUAAGUGAUCCAACUACUAAUCGUGUAGCUCGUGGCCGCAAACGACUAUUAAGUAUGCGAGAUAAGGCAAUUAAAAGUGGAGGCAAGCAUUGUCGCAAUUGUGGCAAAGUUGGUCAUAACGCACGUACAUGUCCUAAAAUUAAAGGCAAAGACAGAAUUGCUGAUGAAGUUGAACCAUAUCGUCCGUCACCUUUAUCGAAUAAUAUCAUAGUCGAGGACAGUUAAGAAAUGGCGGGUCGGGAUUUGGUCGACACUGUGGAUGAGGGAUAUGAUUACACGAGUAUUUGGCCUUAUCGGAGUUUUUUUCCAGAUGUAGUUUGAUAUUUUAUUUAUUUAUUUAUUUAUUUUUUAUU